GCGUCGUCGCCACUGCGGCCUUUCUCCAAGUCGCUUGAUACCUACUUGAAACUUUGACACAUAUUACAUCAAGCUAUCUACAUCUACAACGUUACAGUGUCACUACUCGAGCUCCUUCUCACUACUUCAGUCGCUCCCCCCGCGCUCGCUCGCACCCGCAACCACGGGGCCCUCAACCCUUGGAGGUGCGCUACGAAACAAUGGCAUCCGGAGAGGGCACCAGCCCGAUACCGGCAAGCCGCGAGCGGCCACCUGCGGCGGCCGUCUCGCUGCUGGACGUGGUCCGCAUCCUGGACAUGGACAUGGUCGGGCCCCUGUCCUCGGAAGAACUCGGUUGCGAAUUCCGAGGAGCCCGUCUUGCCUGCAAGGCCCUGCGCAACGCCUGUGAUGCCGCGGUCCGAUCCGUCACGGUGCGCGUGUCACAGCAGCGUGCCGCGGCACGUGCCUGGCUUUCCCCCACCACCAGAACCGCCAGCGGCGGCGGCGGCCUCACCUACCGCUCGCCGUUGGCGCUCUUCCCGCGCUGCAACAAGCUGACGCUGCAGUUUGAAAAGUCCAAAUCCAGAUCCAGAUCUUCUAGCGGGCAGCAGGAGCCGCACUGCAGCCAGGAGCAGCUGGCGUGCCUGGCGCUGCUGGGCACCACGCCGCAGCAGCGCGCCGGCAUCACCCACCUCGACGUCUGCAACAGCCGGCUAGGCAGUAGCAUCAGCCACCUCCGCAAUAGCAGCAGCAGCAGCAGCCGCAACCUAUGCCUGGAUCUGGCGGGCGUGCUGGCCGUGCUGGCGCCGCAGCUGCCAUCCCUCACCCACAUCUACGCUUCAGCCCGCCGCUACAUGACGGACCCAUGGCACAGCAGCAACGCCGUGCUUGGCAUGGGUCAACUCGACCGCCUGCGCCCCGGGCUGCUGUUCGGGUCGCUGGCCACACACGCGCCCGCGCUACGUGUGCUGGUGGUGCCGUGCACGCCCGGCAUUCUGCGCGGCAUCGGCGCACUGGCGGACGGCUGCAGCGGGCUGGAGAAGCUGGAGGUCUAUGAUGAGCAGGACGACGCGGGUGACGACGAGCCGGCGGCAGCGGUGCUGUGCCAGGAGAGCGUGGAGGGCCUCUCCCGCCUCUCCCGCCUGCAGACCCUGCGCCUGCGCUGCCACGACCCCAGCACCCGCGGCGGCGCCUGGCUGCUGGCCUCCCUGCUGGGCCGCCGCCGGCCGCCGCGGCUGCGCAGCCUGUGGCUUGUCGCGUCGGUAGCGACCGCCACCGAUGAUGCUGAUGACAGUGAUGAUGAUGAGGAUGAUGAGGAGGGGAGGACGCAACUCCCGGAUCUGGACAUUGCCUUCGAGCACGACGAGCGGGAGGAGCCGCCGCAGCAGCAGGGCGGGGAGCAGCAGCCGGAAGAGGGCGGCGGGCGGCCUUCUGGGCGGCGGCGGCGCGCUUCUUGGCCGCCGCCGCCUGCUGCUGCCCGGCGGUCGGCUGCUGCUGCUGGGCGGCCCGCCACGGUCACAGCUGCCGUGCGGGCGAGUCAUGGCGGCGACUUUCGUACCCUGAGCCCCAAGCCGCUUGACCGCUUGGCACGGGUGCUCUUGCUCGCGCUCGAGCAGCUGGCUGCGGCGGAGCGGCACCACUGGCUGCAGCAGGCGGAGCGGCAGCACUGGCUGCAGCAGGGCGGGGAGCAGCAGCAGCAGCAGCAGCAGCAGCAGCAGCAGCAGCAGCAGCAGCAGCAGCAACACUGGCUGCAGCAGGGCGGGGAGCAGCAGCCGGCAGCGGCCAACAACCCUAGCUGCUGCGGCGAGGUGCGGCUGCCACCAUUACCACCACGGCUGCGGAUCGGCACGCUGGCGCUGUCAGACCUGUACACGUACGAGGAGGUGGAGGUGGAGGACAUCCAGCAGGAGAACGAAUGGGUCACGGAGCAGCUGCAGCGGUACCUCACCCGCCAGGGGGCGGCGCUGCCGCGGCUGCUGGCGCACGCCGACGCGCCGGCGGCAGUGGAGUGCGACUGCCUGCAUGACCUGCGUGCUGUGUCGCCCGAGACGGCGCACGGCCUGCUGCGAGUGCUGGGCGUGCUACCUUCCGUGCUGGGGCUGAGGCUGGGCCACUGCCGGCCCGGCACGCUGAGGCUCGGCAGGGACGCACACAGCGCCGCGGCCGACAGCAGCGACGAUGAGACGGCGGCUGAUGAUGAGGCCUUGUUCUGGCUGCCGCCGCUGCCGCCACUGCCGCCGCUGCCGCGGCUGGCGCCGCCGCCUCCGCCUCAUUCCCCCGAGGCGGCGCAUGCUCCCGAAGCCUCCUCGCGGGUUCCCGAGCCGGCAGGGUUCAGGCUAGGGCCGCAGGGGCCGCAGGUGCAGCAGGAGCCUCAGGGGCUGGGGCUGGGGCCGGGGACGCAGGGACUACUGGAGCUGGAGAGCGCGAGCGCGGAGGAUGUGUUGAGGGAGGCGGUGGCGAGGCUGCAGCUGCUGGCGGUCCAACACCACCAGGCACACCGCCACUGCUGCGGCCGCGACGAUGGCCACGACGAUGGCGGCGGCGGCGGCGGCGGCGGCGGCGGCGGCGGCCCCGGGGCAGAUGUAACAGCAGCAGUGGAGGAGGAGGCUGCUGAGGCAGAGGCAGGGCUGCAGGGCGACGGCGGCAUGGGUGGUGAGGGCAGCAGCAGCAGUGACGACGAUGACGACGACGCAGAAGACGACGACCAAAGCCUGGUGCUGCUGUGUGGCGCCGUGCCGGCGCCGCCUGCCCCAGCUGCUGCGGGCGGCACGCACAACUACUACAGCCACACGGCCGCUGCGCUGGCCCACUGGCUUGACAGCUGGCUGGGGGGUGCCGCCGCGGCCGGAGCCACUGCCACAGCCACCGGAGCCAGAGCCGGGGCUGGAGCCGGGGCCGGGGCCGGGGCCGGGGCCGGGGCCGGGGCCGGGGCCGGGGCCGCAGCUAUCGCCGCCGCCGGGGCCAAGACUGCUGGCGGCGGCGGCGGCGGCGGCGGCGGUGACGAUGGUGGCGGCGGCGGCGGUGGCGGCGGCGGCAGCAGCGAUGGCGGCGGCGGCAGCAGCGAUGGCGGCGACGGCGACGGCGAUGGCGGCAGCGGCGGCCGGUACAGCCGCCACCUGCACGAGCGCUUUGCCUACGUCAGCGUGGCGUGUGCAGGGGCGGUCGUGCUGAAGUGCCGCUCGGCAGCGGACGCCCGCGACCUUGCGGCUGCAGCCAACGCAGCAGCAGCCAACGCAGCGGUGGCCAACGCCGCAGCGGCGGGCGCGCGCGAGGCAGCGGCAGCAGAAGCAGCAGCAAAAGCAGCGCAGGCCACCGCUGCCGCCACUUCUGUCGCUGCCGUUGCUGCAGCUGCUGCCACGGAUGGUGGUGGUGGCGGCGGCGCUGCAGCUACAACUGCAGCAGUGGGCAUGAGGACACUGUCCCGGCGCGUGCUGAGGCUGCCUGCUGCACCCACCGCCGCCGCCGCCAGCAUGGCGACAACAGGCAACCCGCCCCCGCCGCCGUUCACAGCAGUGGUCAUCCCAGCCCACGUGCCCGCGGCGCUAGAACUGCCCGGGAUGGAGAAGCACACAACGGCGCGCAAGACAGUCGAGAUGUCUGCACUGCUGGUCCUCAUGGAGAUGUGGAAGCGCUCAGAGCAGCAGCAGCAGCAGCAGCAGCAGCGCCCUCCCAGCAGCAGCUGUGCCUCCAGUGCUGCUGCUGCUGUUGCUGGUGGUGGUGGUGGUGGUGGUGGUGGUGCUGUUGCUGGUGGUGGUGGCUGCGGAGAGGGCGCAGAGGGUGAGAGUGCGCGUGGCUCAUCCGCGACGAGCGGCGGUGCGCAGCAGGGUGGCCCCAGCAGCACCCGCAGCAGCAGCAGCAGCGGCCCCAGCAGCGGCCCCAGUGGCCUGCUGCGCACCUCCGCAGCAGCAGCCGCAGCAGCCGCAGCACGGGACGCAUCAUCACAGCAGCGGCUGCGGCGGCUCAGUGGGGGGGAUGGCCUGGACCGCCGGGUGCGGCGGCUGUUGGAUCUGGACCUGGGCGUGUGGCAGCUGCUGGUGGGCGCGGCGGAUCCAGGGCCCGUCGUCAUCUUGGAAUGCUAGCAAGCCUCGGCAGGAAUAAUGGGGAGGUCGGCAGAUAGAUCGAUAGCAGGAGGCAGGGACUUGUUGUGUUCUGUGUGAAUGGGAGGGCGGGCCCCAUGGUUUCCCGACGGCCUCUGGAUAGGUGUCAUACUCAGAGGCAAUUGAAUACGGCAGCAAGUGCAGAGGUUGGUGAGAAGCAUAGUCCGGAGUGUGAUGGCUAGAAUCCCGGCCCAAGUCCCGGCCCACAAAUCCCACAAGGCGGGUCAGGGCAAACGCAGAGGCAACGCUGCUACACCGGAAGUUCGUCGUGUGCAAUUUCGUCGACCUGCAUAGUGGCCUAUGUGUGUUCACCUGAUAUUGUCUGGUCUCCCUUGGUCGCGUAUGAAACAUGGGAUUGCAAAAAACAUGCCGCCUGUGAUUUCUAUGCGCUGCCAAGCAGCCGCAUUCCCACCCAGCUCUCACCGACGGUUGACGAACUGCGCGCGAGCCAACUGGCGCGCCGAAUAACGUUGUAAUGGUUAGGCGGC